GAGCUAAGCUAGGGGCCCGGGCGUGGAUCCUAAGAGCGGGAUCGGGAAAGCUGAACCAGAGCAGAGCGGGGAGAACCGUGCGCGACCGGAGCCGGCCGCAGCCGAAUCACUCAGGCACCUGCUCGACCGUUCAGCCGAUUGGCGCACGCACAGUGGCCCGCAGGCCCCCGCCCCGGCCCAGUCCGCUCCCGGGCCCCCCAUGGCCCGGGUCGCCGUCCUCCCGCCGUCAAGAUUGUCGCCGACACUGCCGCUGCCGCUGCUGCUGCUGCUGCUGCUUCGGGAAACAGGAGCCCAGGAUGUGCGGGUUCAGGUGCUGCCAGAGGUGCGGGGCCACCUGGGAGGCACCGUGGAGCUGCCGUGCCACCUGCUGCCACCCACCUCGGAAGUGCGCAUCUCUCAGGUGACCUGGCAGCGCCUGGAUGCAGCGGCCGUGGCAGCCUUCCACCCCUCCUACGGCGUCCACUACCCCAGCCCGCAGUCCAGCAAGGAGCGACUGUCCUUCGUCAGAGCUGGGCAAGGCACAAAGGCAGACCUGUGGGAUGCCACGCUGGCCUUCCAGGGACUGAUGGUGGAGGACGAGGGCAACUACACCUGCGAGUUCGCCACCUUCCCCAACGGCACGCGCCGGGGGGUGACCUGGCUGAAAGUCAUAGCUGAGCCUCAGAACCGCGCUGAAGCCCAGGAGGUGACGUUCAGCCUGGAGCCCAUGCCCGUGGCCCGCUGCGUCUCCUCGGGGGGCCGCCCGCCUGCCCGGAUCACCUGGAUCUCCACCCUGGAAGGGGAGGCCAGAGAGAGCCAGGAGCCGGGGCCCUUGCCAGGCACAGUCACGGUCACCAGCCGCUACACUUCGGUGCCCUUGGGCCAAGUGGAUGGGGUCACGAUCACUUGUAAAGUGGAGCAUGAGACCUUGAAGGAGCCAGUCCUGCUGCCCGUGAAGCUCUCCGUGCGCUACCCCCCCGAGGUCUCCAUCUCUGGCUACGAUGACAACUGGUACCUCGGCCGUAGUGAGGCCACCCUGAUGUGCAAUGUCCGCAGCAACCCAGAGCCCACUGGCUACGACUGGAGCACGAUUUCGGGCACCUUCCCAGCCUCGGCUGUUGUCCAGGGCCCCCAGCUGCUGGUCCACUCAGUGGACCGACUGGUCAAUACCACCUUCAUCUGCACCGUCACCAACGCUGUGGGCACAGGCCGCGCCGAGCAGCUCGUCUUAGUCCGAGAAAUGCCUAACACGGCAGGCGCAGGAGCCACGGGUGGCAUCAUUGGUGGCAUCAUCGCUGCCAUCAUCGCUACAGCUGUCGCUGCUACGGGCAUCCUCAUCUGUCGGCAGCAGCAGAAGGAGCAGAGGCUGCAGGGGGCGGAGGAGGAGGAUGACCUGGAAGGACCUCCCUCCUACAAGCCACCCACCCCAAAGGCAAAGCUGGAGGAGCCAGAGAUGCCCUCCCAGCUCUUCACUCUGGGGGCCUCGGAACACAGCCCACUCAAGACUCCCUACUUUGACGCUGGCAUCUCGUGCGCUGAGCAGGAAAUGCCUCGAUACCACGAACUGCCCACCCUGGAAGAGCGGUCGGGACCACUGCUGUUGGGGGCCACAAGCUUGGGGUCCCCUGUGCUGGUGCCUCCAGGACCACCUACUUUGGAGGAAGUUUCCCUGGAUCUAGACGAGGAUGAAGAGGAGGAAGAGGAGGAGGAAGACUAUCUGGACAAGAUCAACCCCAUCUACGAUGCCCUGUCCUACCCCAGCCCCACUGAUUCCUACCAGGGCAAAGGCUUUGUUGUGUCCAGAGCCAUGUAUGUGUGAGUCACCAAGGCUCUGACCUCUCACUGCACCUGAUCCCUUAGCCUUCUGCCAGGGAUCUAGUGCCCCUGACCGAUGGCCAAGCCACGUCAGUUAACACAAGUGCAUCUCACCAACCAUUUCCACCUUAGUGGCUUCACUAUGACCUCUAGCCCAUGAUCUCUGUCCCAGAGAAACCUGCCAUGACCAAGGAAACUUGAUGACUUCAUCUCCUGAGGCAGAGGGUAGGGAGGAUAUAUUUCUGCACAAACUCUGACCCCAAGGACUCUUCUGAGACUGUGACCUUAGACCAUACCACUCCCCCCACAAAGACUCCACACCUCAGAUUGGUCUCAGGCAGUGAAGUCCCAAUAGGUCUGCGAUGGUGGGCAUUACCGGUUCCCUGCUGCAUAGACCUGAGCCCUCCAGGCAGCAGAGCACCACUUGUCCUCUCCUACCUAUUCCCCAAAGGUGGGAGGGAGGGAAUUCCCCAGGCCAAGGCAGAGCUCUCCCAUCCCCCUCCUCCUGCAGGCAGGAGUCUCAGGGCCCAAACCCUCCCCUGAGCCCACCACCCCAUUCCUGUCUAUAGAGCAUGAUGCCCCAGCCCAUUGCUAGAUGGGGUGAGCCUCCUGCAGUGUGCCUUGACAGCCCAACGCGGGGAGGAGCAUUUACUGUUACCUGGAAGACUACUGAAUCCCUUUACCCCUGCCGGGUUGGAAAGUGGGUCACCUGGGUUGGGGGUAGAAGA